UGGGGGCGAUAUCGCCCCCGUUGAGAAACACUGGUUUAGGGCCUCUAGAUUCGUAACGUGUCAUAGUGUAUGCAAUUGCGUGCGUGCCAUUUUACUCGACCCGAAGAACAAGAAGUUACAGCAAGAGAAUCGAACUCGGACUCUUCCGGACUCUAGUUCUAACAGUAUAAUACAUGGUCAUUCUAUCGAAAUCGCAUUCCCGUCAAAGUAUCGCAACUCUGUAUUCUACUGUGAUGUAUAUCCCAUAAAAAUAGUAUGUCUCUGUGUUCGUUGCCAUUUGUUGCUUAUUGCAAAGGAGACACGGAGCCAUUUUUCAAGAAAACGUCAGUUAAAAACCAAAUAACAAGCUUUCUAUUUUUGAGGCAGAUAUUUAUCCUUCACGCAAUGGACUUUUGCUGCAAAGAAUUAAAACAUUUUUGCAUGUUUUAAAACUAUUUUUAAACUUCAAAUUCUGGUUAAACGAUCGCUUUCGACCCAUUUCUUUCUAUAUUUAAAAUACACCAGAAACUACGAGAGAUGUGAACAUAUUCCCGCAUUAUUAAUAGAUUAUCAAUUAAAAACAAAAAAAUAUAUUUUGUUAUUUAAUAUGACCUAUUCGCGUUCGAUUGUUAAAAAAAUAAACGGAACGACAUAAAAUUCCCCUUAAGCAAAUCAAAUGAACUGCCGAACGAUCACAUGAUUAGAGCAAAUAUAAAGGAGAAAAUCUCAUUCUGUAGUCGACUCCAGACAAGUAAACAUGGCUAAAGUCGCCCUCUUCGCUUUCGUCAUCUUCUUGAUUGUUUCUGUCAAUUCUCAAUACUUCUAUCCUAUGUUGGAUAACUUCGCUCCUCUUCAUCACGUGGGCCAUUCCAAACCUCUGAAUGCCAUCGCUUACAUGGAAGGUCAACACGGCAACGGAAUUCUUUACUUUCAUCAAUCUUCUCCCGUUAGUCCCGUGAUUAUAACGGGAGAAAUCCACGGUUUGGAAAAGGGUGAACACGGAAUGCACGUUCACGAAUUUGGAGAUUUAACUCAUGGAUGCGAGAGUGCGGGAGAACAUUACAACCCCUUCCACAAGAACCACGGAGGACAAUUCGACGACGACAGACACUUGGGAGAUUUGGGUAACAUCGUGGCCGGCGCACACGGAGUGGCCAAAGUGUACAAAGUAGAUCAAGUGAUGAGCCUGUUUGGAGAACAUUCCGUGCUCGGAAGAACCAUGGUGGUGCACGCCAAUCCAGACGAUUUAGGACAAGGAGGAGACGAAGAGAGCAAGAAGUCCGGAAAUUCCGGCGAUCGCGUGGCUUGUGGCAUCAUUCACUUAAUCAAACACUAAAAGACGCAGAACGAGGUUAAGGAUACCUGUA